AGGGUGCAAGCUCGUUGGUAAAUUUUUUUUUUUUUUUUUUCUCCAUAUAAAUAAGUGAAAAAAUAAAUAAAUAGAAAAAUAGUGAUGUGUGAUUAUAAUUGUGCAAAUAUAUUAUAAUAAAAAUUAAUUAAUUAAUAUUAAAGUGAAUAUUUAAAAAAUUAAUCUAAUCAGAAAAAAUAAAUUUAAAAAUGGCAACUGAAUCAAAUAGUAGUUUAUCAGUAUCACCAAAACCAUCAUUAUCAAAUCAACCAACACCAUUCAGCAUUGAGGACAUUCUUAGUCGUUCAAAAAAAAAUUUACAACAACCAGAAAUUAAUCAUUCAAUAACAGAUGAUUUUCAUGAAAAUACAAUUCUAUCAGAUAAUAAUCAGGAUAAAAUUUACGAUAGAAAUUCAUGUGGAUCAAUUGAACAUGAUACAAAAUCAUUUAAAAAAAUUAUAUAUCCACGUGAACAAUCAUCACCAGAAUGUCGUGUUAGUGUUGGUGAUAUUUUGAAAUUUAACAAGAAGAAUUUUGAUAAUUUUGAUAGCUUAACUGGUAUUACAAAUUAUCGAAAAAUUAAAGACACAAAUAAUCGUCAGCAAGAUGAAGCAUUGGACAUGAGUAAAAAUAAAUAUCUAGACGAAAUGGAAGAUGAUUUGUUUGAUAAUCAAUCACAUGGACAAUCAUUGCAAAAUAGAAAAAAAAGAAGUCGUGCUGCAUUUUCACAUGCACAAGUUUAUGAAUUGGAAAGAAGAUUUGCAGCGCAAAAAUAUUUAUCAGGACCAGAAAGAGCUGAUCUUGCAAGAGGAUUAAAAUUAACAGAAACACAAGUGAAGAUUUGGUUUCAAAAUAGAAGAUAUAAAACGAAAAGACGCCAGCAACAAGAACUUGGUGCUCUAGUUAAUUCAAAUUCAGCAAGAAGAGUUGCUGUACGUGUAUUGGUACAUCCUGAUGAACAAUUUAGAGGACUUCCACCACUUCGUGGUACAAAUAUACAAAUUCCUGGUCAAAUAAAUUGUCCACCACAACUUCAUCAUACCAAAACAUUAAAUACAUUUCCAUAUUAUUGUCUACCAUAUCACCCUCUUCUGUGUCCACCCUUGCAUUCACCACAAAUGCAAAUUCAAGGCAUGUCGGAACUUGAAGUAACACGUGACACUCAAUCAACAAAAGCUGAUAAUAACAAAUAACUAGUCUUACUCAAAUCAUUAUUAUCUUAAUCAUCAACCAAAAAUAUAUAUAUUAAAUCAAAAAAAAAA